CGCGCGCCUCGGCUCCUUUUCCUGCACCGCGUCCCGCUCCCGUGGCUGCCCCAGCACCGCCUUCGCCACCGGCCGGAGCCCGGCGCCUGCUUGCUCACAGCCGCGGCGGGUUGGGACGGCGCCCUAGGGUUUGGGGGUCUCUCCCCCGGCCCCGGGACUUAAGGGUCAGGUGCUCCUCGGACACUCUGGACCGACCCUCUCCCGGACCCCGAUGAACUCAUUCCUCUGUGGCCGCCGGAUCGCGCGCGCACGUGCGCGCGCGCGCGCGCGUGUGUGUGUUGGUGGGGGACCCCUCGGGGUCGGACUUCCCCGGCACCCAGGAGCUGGAAGCACCCCCUUCCCGGUUGCGCGGGGGCGGCCUGGGAGGUGGAGGCCCUGACUGAGAGAGUCGCCCCCGCACCGGGGCGGUCUGUGGCUGUUUAUGCUGAAAUGGGCGGCAGUGGCGGCGGCAGGGAGUCCUGAGGCCCGAACGUACGAGCGCCCCCUGCUCCCAGGCCAGGAGCGACACCCCUGCCUUCAGACUUUAGGUCCUUUUUGGAGGCGGUUCCUUGCUUCUUUCCCUUCUUGUCAGCAUCCCUGCCCCUGGUGCGGGAGAAAGCUGCUUUGCGGUAUUGAGCUGGGUUUGUCUAGUGGGGUGCCCGAAGCCACGUGUCUGUAGGAGCGGCGGUUAGUGUGUCUGCCCCUCUGUCAGUCUGGCAAAAAGGCCCCCGUGAUGGGGGAGGUAUGUAUGUAUGUGUGUGUGUGUGUGUGUGUGUGUGCGCGCGUGUGCGCAUAGUUCCUCCCUGCUCCAUUUUGGGGUGAGAGUAGGGGCUCAGGGUAGGCAGGGUGGCCAGCGCUCUGAGAGUUCCCCAUAAGGGGCACCUAAUUCCCACAGCCUGCUACUCAGCCUCACAUCCUUGGGGCCAGCACAUAGUGGAAGUAAAGAAUGUUCUAGUUCCCAUUUCCCACUCCCCCAGGAUGUGCCCUGGGUCGGUCCCACUCUCCCCUUGGAUGCACGCGAGAUGCUGGGCCUCAGGCUCUGGGUAUGCAUGCUCAGCUCCUCAGAGGCCUCAGGGCCUAGGUGGUGGGAGAACUUCCACGAAGAAGUGAGGACCUGUGGGGAGCCUGUCCUGAGGACCUUUCUUGAAGUGGCAGAGAGAAUUCCCACUGAGGAGUCUGGAGUCUCCUGGAUGUGGUCACCCACCAGGCAGGGGGCCAUCACCUUUCCUGGGCAGUGGUGGAGGGUGGGGUCAGAGCCCUUGCACCCCCUUCCUGGCCACCACUUCCAGGAGGGCCUUAGACAGAAUCCUGCCUUUGGGAUGGGGUGGGGGCCUUUGGGGCUGAUGCCCCUGAGCCCCUAACUAGCCCUGGAUGAGUAUGUCUGCCCACUUGUGAAUUAGGUGACCACGUCUUCACCUCUCCCCAACUUUUGUCCUUUUAGCCAUCAACUGUCCCUCACCUGUCAACACCUUCACACCUCUCAGAGAAAAACAAAACAGCAAAGUUACUCCCUCUGAGGUCUUGGUUACUUCAAGGGCUACCCUUCCCAGAGACUUUUGCAUUUAAGAGAGACCCAAAGAGGAAGAUGGCAAUGCCUAACCCAAAGGAAUGCGCUGCUGAUGGUGGAUUUUCAGGAGAGAGAGAUACGGGAUGGUGGGGAUGUACAGAACAGAGAUACACGGAACAGGUCCUGAGCAGGCAGAGCGGGAGGAGGGGGAGGCAGGAGCAUGUCAGGAGUUGAGCUGCUUUCUCCGCCUCAGUGGCCCAGCAUAGGCCGCUCCUCCCUCCCUCCUCCCCCCUUUCCAACCUGCGUCUGGGCGGCUUCAUCUGUUGGAGGCGUGACGUUUCCAGGAGGGAGCGCCUUGCACAGCGGCAGGCAGGCAGCCCGAGGUUGGUAGGAGGAGAGAAUUGGAGCUGUUUUCUCCUUGAUGCCAAGAUACGCCAAGCUAGGAGCACGCUCCUCCUUUCACAGUCAUCCAUCAAGAACAGGCCUGCAGGACGUGAGGACCAAGACUAGAGCUUUGCUGCACCAAGGCCAUUCCCCGUCAUCUGCAGGCAUGGCCUGUGCCGGCAACUGAGCGCUGCCCAAGUGGCGAGGAGCACCAGCAUGGCUCACCCCAUCGGCUGCCCUCAGCCACCCUGCUACUGAAGCUGCCCUGGAGAGACUUGUGGGGGCCGCUCUGCCCAUGCUCACCCAGGCUGUGGGGCCAGGGGCCUGCCAAGGCUAAGAGUGGGGCCUGCCAUUCAUGGAUCUCUAGGGAUUUCCGAGAUGCCUGGGAAGAGAGGCUGGGGCUGGUGGAGGGCCCGGCUGCCCUUUUGCCUGCUCCUCAGCCUUUAUGGCCCUUGGGUGCCUUCCUCCCUGGGGAAGCCCAAGGGCCACCCCCACAUGAAUUCCAUCCGCAUAGAUGGGGACAUCACACUGGGAGGCCUGUUCCCGGUGCACGGCCGGGGCUCAGAGGGCAAGGCCUGUGGAGAACUGAAGAAAGAAAAGGGCAUCCACCGGUUGGAGGCCAUGCUGUUUGCUCUGGACCGCAUCAACAAUGACCCGGACCUGCUGCCCAACAUCACGCUGGGCGCCCGCAUUCUGGACACCUGCUCGAGGGAUACCCACGCCCUCGAGCAGUCGCUGACCUUUGUGCAGGCGCUCAUCGAGAAGGAUGGCACGGAGGUCCGCUGUGGCAGUGGCGGCCCGCCCAUCAUUACCAAGCCUGAACGUGUGGUGGGUGUCAUCGGUGCUUCAGGGAGCUCAGUCUCCAUCAUGGUGGCCAACAUCCUUCGUCUCUUCAAGAUCCCUCAGAUCAGCUACGCCUCCACAGCCCCUGACCUGAGCGACAACAGCCGCUACGAUUUCUUUUCCCGCGUGGUGCCCUCAGACACGUACCAGGCCCAAGCCAUGGUGGACAUCGUCCGUGCCCUCAAGUGGAACUACGUGUCCACGCUGGCCUCGGAGGGCAGCUACGGCGAGAGCGGCGUGGAGGCCUUCAUCCAGAAGUCCCGAGAGAACGGGGGCGUGUGUAUUGCCCAGUCAGUGAAGAUACCGCGGGAGCCCAAGCCAGGGGAGUUUGACAAGAUCAUCCGGCGCCUCCUGGAGACCUCCAACGCCAGGGCCAUCAUCAUCUUUGCCAAUGAGGAUGACAUCAGGCGUGUGCUGGAGGCUGCACGGAAGGCCAACCAGACAGGCCACUUCUUCUGGAUGGGCUCGGACAGCUGGGGCUCCAAGAUUGCACCUGUGCUGCACCUGGAGGAGGUGGCUGAGGGCGCUGUCACUAUCCUCCCCAAGAGGAUGUCUGUGCGAGGCUUCGACCGCUACUUCUCCAGCCGCACGCUGGACAACAACCGGCGCAACAUCUGGUUUGCGGAAUUCUGGGAGGACAACUUCCAUUGCAAGCUGAGCCGCCACGCGCUCAAGAAGGGCAGCCACCUGAAGAAGUGCACCAACCGCGAGCGCAUUGGGCAGGACUCAGCUUACGAGCAGGAGGGAAAGGUGCAGUUUGUGAUCGACGCUGUGUACGCCAUGGGCCACGCCCUGCACGCUAUGCACCGAGACCUGUGUCCAGGCCGCGUGGGGCUCUGCCCGCGCAUGGACCCCGUGGACGGCACCCAGCUGCUCAAGUACAUCCGCAGCGUCAACUUCUCAGGCAUUGCAGGAAACCCCGUGACCUUCAAUGAGAAUGGAGACGCGCCCGGGCGCUAUGACAUCUACCAGUACCAGCUGCGCAAUGGCUCUGCUGAAUACAAGGUCAUCGGCUCUUGGACUGACCACCUGCACCUCAGAAUAGAGCGGAUGCACUGGCCGGGGAGUGGGCAGCAGCUGCCCCGCUCCAUCUGCAGCCUGCCCUGUCAGCCAGGUGAGCGGAAGAAGACCGUGAAGGGCAUGCCCUGCUGCUGGCACUGUGAGCCCUGCACAGGGUACCAGUACCAGGUGGACCGCUACACCUGUAAGACAUGUCCCUAUGACAUGCGGCCCACCGAGAACCGCACCGGCUGCCGGCCCAUCCCCAUCAUCAAGCUUGAGUGGGACUCGCCCUGGGCCGUGCUGCCCCUCUUCCUGGCCGUGGUGGGCAUCGCGGCCACGCUCUUCGUGGUGGUCACCUUCGUGCGCUACAAUGACACGCCCAUUGUCAAGGCGUCGGGCCGUGAGCUGAGCUAUGUGCUGCUGGCGGGCAUCUUCCUGUGCUACACCACCACCUUCCUCAUGAUUGCGGAGCCUGACCUGGGGACCUGCUCUCUGCGCCGAAUCUUCCUGGGGCUUGGCAUGAGCAUCAGCUAUGCGGCCCUGCUCACCAAGACCAACCGCAUCUACCGCAUCUUUGAGCAGGGCAAGCGGUCGGUCAGCGCCCCGCGCUUCAUCAGCCCCGCCUCGCAGCUGGCCAUCACCUUCAGCCUCAUCUCGCUGCAGCUGCUGGGCAUCUGCGUGUGGUUUGUGGUGGACCCCUCCCACUCUGUGGUGGACUUCCAGGACCAGCGGACGCUCGACCCCCGCUUCGCCAGGGGCGUGCUCAAGUGCGACAUCUCGGACCUGUCGCUCAUCUGCCUGCUGGGCUACAGCAUGCUCCUCAUGGUCACGUGCACGGUGUACGCCAUCAAGACGCGCGGGGUGCCAGAGACCUUCAACGAGGCCAAGCCCAUCGGCUUCACCAUGUACACCACCUGCAUUGUCUGGCUUGCCUUCAUCCCCAUCUUCUUUGGUACCUCUCAGUCAGCGGACAAGCUGUACAUCCAGACGACGACGCUGACAGUCUCAGUGAGUCUGAGCGCUUCAGUGUCCCUGGGGAUGCUCUACAUGCCCAAGGUCUACGUCAUCCUCUUCCACCCGGAGCAGAACGUGCCCAAGCGCAAGCGCAGCCUCAAAGCCGUCGUCACCGCCGCCACCAUGUCCAACAAGUUCACGCAAAAGGGCAACUUCCGGCCCAAUGGCGAGGCCAAGUCUGAGCUCUGCGAGAACCUCGAGACCCCAGUGCUGGCCACCAAACAGACCUACGUCACCUACAGCAACCAUGCACUCUAGGCUGCUGGAGCGAACGGAGGAGGAGGAACAGACACCCUUGUGGAUGAUGCCAGGGCCACUCCCAGGGGCCCAGCUGAUGUCCUGCCUACCCAUGGGUGCCCACGGAUGUGGCUUGGUGCUGAGGACAGCAGAACCCCAGCGGUCACUGCUGGGUAGCCUGGGCAAGCCGGGAGGCGACAGGAGGAGGAGGAGGGGCUGGGGCAGCUUCAGCCACCCCAAGAGCCUGCGUCUUGGACCAGAGCCCUUCCUGGCCCCAAAUCACAGGGGCUUAGGUAGCAUGGGCCCCAACGCUGGUUUUUCCUCUCUCCCUAUGUCUCUGCCUGUCCCAUUGGUGACCUCUGUCUGUCUCCAUCCCUGUCUUUAUUUUCUCUUAUCUCUUGGUAUCACCUUCUUUUCUCUCUGUCUCUGUCUGCGCGCUCUGCUUUUUCUGUAUCUUUUUUCUUUCUGCCUCUGCCUCCUCUCGCUCAUGAACUCUGUCUCCAGGUCUCUCCUGUUUUUCUCCUGUGCUCUGCCUGUGGUUUUCCUCUUGUAUGUUUUUCUUUCCUGUCCUCAGUCCCCUCCCCACCUUCAUUUAUGUCCAGCCUCUGCUAUCCUCUCCCUACCACCCUCCCCCAAUUCACCAAAUCUUACAUGUCACAAAAGAG